CCCCCGCCCGCCAGGGCCGGUGGCCCCGCUCCCGGGGACGGGCACGGCUGGCCGCGGGCCCGCCCGCCGCCGCCGCCCGGCCCCUCCGCCCGCCGGGGCGGUGGUAGGCUCCCGCCGUGCCUCCCGGCGCAUAAAGGGAGGCGGCGGGGGCCGGCCGGGGGCAGCGGCUGACGGCGAUGGAGCAACCGGCGAUGAUGGAACAGCCGGUGCAGACGGAGACGUGGAAGGCGCGGAGCCUGGAGGAGCUGAUCCGCAUCCUCCAUCGGAUAUUCGCCGAGGACAAAGUCAGCGUGGAAGAAGUGCAGGCGCUGAUGGAAUCGUACGAGAGCAACCCCGAGGAGUGGCUGCAGUACGCCAAAUUCGACCAGUACAGGUAUACGAGAAAUCUUGUGGACAAUGGAAAUGGAAAGUUCAACUUGAUGAUCUUGUGCUGGGGUGAAGGGCAUGGCAGCAGCAUCCAUGAUCACACUGACUCACACUGCUUUAUGAAGAUCCUCCAGGGAAAUCUAAAGGAAACACUGUUUGAAUGGCCUGAGAAAAAGGGGAAUGGUGAAAUGACUAAGAAAUCUGAACGAGUUUUGAGGGAAAAUCACUGUGCCUACAUUAAUGACUCCAUUGGCCUGCACCGUGUGGAGAACAUAAGCCACACGGAGUCUGCUGUUAGCCUGCAUUUGUACAGCCCACCCUUCGACAGCUGUAACACCUUUGAUCAGAGGACUGGACACAAGCACAAAGUCAAGAUGACCUUCUACAGCCAGUUUGGAGAAAGGACUCCCUGUGUAACAAAUGAUGGGGACAGUUGUGCCGCAGGAGAACAACUGAGAAGCACCAGCACACGGCUGCAUAAGACCUGCUGAAUGUUUAACCAGGGACAGAAGACUCGCAUGGCUAAGGCCGACAGCCAGCUAUAUUUCUAUACCUUGUACAUAGAAGUACACUAGGGCAGCUUCCAGGCCACCCACAGUUCCCCCCCGAGCGAAUGCCGGUUAUGGGACACUAAGCUAACUAGUGCCAUAAACUACUUCAGAGGUUAGAUGCCUUUUCUUAGGCUCCUGUCAGAAUUAAGUAGUUUGAUUUCUGAUUCUAGCCUCUUUUUAAUUCCACUUCUGAUACCACACUGAGAAUAUCAGAAAUAGGGUUUUAAAACAUCAUCUGACACUACUUAAUAGGCCUAGGUGUAUGUAUGCUCUCAAUGUAAUUAAUAACUGUAUAAACUUCUAAGCUUCCAGUCACUUGUACCUAUGGGUAGUACACUAGAUACAACUAACAGCAGCUCUUUCUUUCUUUCUUUCUUUCUUUCUUUCUUUCUUUUUUUUUUUUUUUAAUUAAGACUUUUAGGUUUUAAUGCUCUAGGCCAUUUUGAUAGUUUUGUGCAUUUUUUACUUUUUAUUUUUUACAAUUUCAUUUGUCAGAUCUUGUUUUAAAUAGGAGCAGCAAAAUGCUUCAUGUACAAUGAUUUUCAAAACUGAUUGGGCAGAGAUUUGGGUUUUUAAUAAGACUAAUCAUACUUAAUUCCGCUAAUGUCCAGUUUCCAGAGUAUUCUGUAUAGCUACUGAAGAAGGUAACUGAAAUAAAACUGGAUUUGUGCACAGA